CGGCAGCAGCAGCACCAGCAGGAGGGCGCCGCUUAGCCGUUUAAAGCGCCCCAGCCGCAGCUUCCUGCUUGGGGGGGGGGGUCGGAGAAGGGAGCGAGAGAAACGGGCUCCGCCGAGUCACGACCGAAGACGCUGCUCGUCCCCCCCAGGCCCUCCGCGUCGCCGGAGCCAUGGAAGGGAAGCCUCUCCAGCAGCGCCCUCGCACGCCGCCCCCGCCGCCCCGCGCCGGCUCUCCGAGGCUCCAACCGGCAGGAGGAGGAGCCGGAGCCGCCGAAGAAGUGCCUUGUUCGCCGGCCAGGGACGGGGAUGCUCCCGACGGCGCGGGGCUGACCCCUGCAGCGGCCGGGGAUGGGCUGGGUCGGCCGCUGGGUCCCACUCCGAGUCAGAGCCGCUUCCAGGUGGACCUGGUGGCGGAAAACGCGGGCCGAGCGGCCGCCAGCGAAGAGGAGGCGGCGGCCAGGACGACGGAAGCGCCGCCGAAAGCCCCCGGCGAGGGCUCCGGCAAAGGCAGCGAGGAAGCCAAAGGCCGGUUCCGGGUGAACUUCGUGGACCCGUCUGCUGGGGACGACAGCUCGGGCGAGGUCGGCGGGGGCUCGGAGGGCUGCAAUGUCAGCUUCCAGAACGGCGGCGACACGGUGCUCAGCGAGGGGAGCCUCCAUUCCGGCUCCGGAGGCCACCAUCACUACUACUACGACACCCACACCAACACCUACUACAUGCGCACCUUCGGCCACAACACCAUUGAUGCGGUGCCGAGGAUAGACUAUUACCGGCACACGGCGGCCGGGCUCGGGGAGAAGCUCAUCCGGCCCAGCCUCGCCGAACUCCACGACGAGCUGGACAAGGAACCAUUUGAAGAUGGCUUUGCAAACGGAGAAGAAGGAACUCCUACUGGAGAAGCCACUGCCACAUAUACUGCUGAUAGUAAAGGGAUUGUCAAGUUUGGUUGGAUUAAAGGUGUAUUGGUACGAUGUAUGUUGAACAUUUGGGGUGUGAUGCUCUUCAUCCGACUGUCCUGGAUUGUGGGACAGGCUGGCAUAGGUCUUGCAGUUUUGGUCAUUGCAAUGGCCACUGUUGUAACUACUAUUACAGGCUUGUCUACAUCAGCGAUUGCUACUAAUGGCUUUGUCAGAGGAGGAGGAGCAUAUUACCUCAUUUCCAGAAGCCUGGGUCCAGAAUUUGGCGGUGCCAUAGGCUUGAUAUUUGCAUUUGCAAAUGCUGUUGCUGUAGCCAUGUAUGUAGUUGGCUUUGCAGAAACAGUUGUCGAACUGCUUAAGGAACAUGAUGUAUUGAUGUUGGAUCCAAUGAAUGACAUCAGAAUUAUAGGAGCAAUCACAAUCGUUAUUUUGUUGGGCAUAUCUGUUGCAGGAAUGGAGUGGGAAGCUAAAGCACAGAUUGUUCUGCUGGUCAUCCUGCUAGUUGCUAUUGCUGACUUCAUCAUAGGAACAUUUAUUCCAUUUGAGAGCAAGAAGGCUAAAGGCUUUUUUGGCUAUAAAGCUGAAAUAUUUUCUGAGAAUUUUGGACCAGAUUUCCGAGGGGAAGAAACUUUUUUUUCUGUAUUUGCUAUAUUUUUCCCAGCUGCAACAGGAAUUCUAGCUGGAGCAAAUAUCUCAGGUGAUCUUGCGGAUCCUCAAUCAGCCAUACCUAAAGGGACACUUCUGGCCAUCUUAAUUACUACAAUAGUUUACAUAGGCAUUGCAGUAUCAGUAGGUGCUUGUGUUGUUCGGGAUGCCACUGGGAGCAUCAAUGAUACAAUUGUCCAUGAGCUAACAAACUGUACUACUGCAGCUUGUAAGCUGAACUUUGAUUUCUCUUCCUGUGAUAGGUUAGAAAACUGUCACUAUGGACUGAUGAACAAUUUUCAGGUAAUGAGUAUGGUGUCAGGAUUUGGACCUCUGAUAUCAGCUGGUAUAUUUUCUGCUACUCUUUCUUCAGCAUUAGCAUCUCUCGUCAGUGCGCCUAAAAUCUUCCAGGCCUUAUGUAAAGACAAUAUUUACCCUGGUUUUCUGAUGUUUGCUAAAGGCUAUGGGAAGAAUAAUGAACCUCUGCGAGGAUAUCUUUUGACAUUCAUGAUUGCUCUUGGAUUCAUAUUAAUUGCUGAAUUGAAUGUAAUUGCUCCAAUUAUCUCCAACUUUUUCUUGGCUUCCUAUGCCUUAAUUAACUUCUCUGUAUUCCAUGCCUCACUUGCAAAAUCACCAGGCUGGCGACCUGCUUUUAAGUACUACAACAUGUGGGUGUCGUUAGUUGGAGCAAUUCUUUGCUGUAUAGUGAUGUUUGUCAUCAACUGGUGGGCAGCACUUCUCACAUACGUCAUCGUUCUAGGACUCUACAUUUAUGUAACUUACAAGAAGCCAGAUGUUAACUGGGGAUCUUCCACACAAGCAUUGACCUACUUAAAUGCAUUGCAACAUGCUGUCCGCCUUACUGGCGUAGAAGACCAUGUGAAAAAUUUCAGGCCACAAUGUCUUGUAAUGAGUGGUGCUCCAAACUCACGUCCAGCUUUGCUUCAUCUGGUCCAUGCCUUCACCAAAAAUGUAGGACUAAUGAUCUGUGGUCAUAUACAUAUGGGCCCUCGCAGACAGGCCUUGAAGGAAUUGUCUGCUGACUUGAGCAGGUACCAGCGGUGGCUUAUUAAAAACAAAAUGAAAGCAUUUUAUGCUCCAGUCCAUGCAGAAGAUUUGAGGGAUGGUGCACAGUAUUUAAUGCAGGCUGCAGGUUUGGGACGAAUGAGACCAAACACACUUGUUAUGGGAUUUAAGAAAGACUGGCAGUCAGCUGAUAUGAAUGAGGUCGACACUUACAUCAACCUAUUACAUGAUGCCUUUGACAUUCAAUAUGGAGUAGUUGUUAUCCGUCUACGGGAAGGUCUGGAUAUCUCUCAUCUUCAGGGACAAGAAGAAGUAUUGUCAUCCCAAGAGAAAUCCCCAGUAACCAAGGACAUUAUAGUUAAUGUAGACUAUAGCAAGAAACCUGAGACAGUAACAUCUAAGCCAGUGACUGAAAAAGUUCCUAUUCAUAAAGAAGAGGAGGACGAUGGCAAGACUCCAACACAGCCACUUUUGAAAAAAGAUCCCAAAGGCCUCUCUGUUCCCCUGAACUUGGCUGAUCAAAGACUACUUGAUGCAAGUUCUCAGUUUCAGAAGAAACAAGGCAAAAAUAAUAUAGAUGUAUGGUGGCUUUUUGACGAUGGAGGCUUGACACUUCUGAUCCCUUAUCUUCUGACAACCAAGAAGAAAUGGAAAGACUGUAAAAUCAGGGUAUUCAUUGGUGGGAAAAUAAACAGAAUAGAUCAUGACAGAAGAGCGAUGGCUACAUUGCUGAGCAAAUUUCGGAUAGAUUUUUCUGAUAUCAUGGUCCUUGGUGAUAUCAAUACAAAGCCAAAGAAAGAAAACAUUGCAGCUUUUGAAGAAAUGAUAGAGCCAUUCCGACUUCAUGAAGAUGAUAAAGAGCAAGAUGUUGCAGAUAAAAUGAAAGAAGACGAACCUUGGAGAAUCACAGAUAAUGAACUUGAGCUAUAUAAAACAAAGAGCAACCGCCAGAUUAGAUUAAAUGAAUUACUGAAAGAACAUUCUGGAACAGCUAAUCUAAUUGUUAUGAGUUUGCCUGUUGCACGAAAAAGUGCAGUGUCAAGUGCGCUAUAUAUGGCAUGGAUAGAAGCUCUUUCCAAGGACCUGCCACCCAUUCUUCUUGUCCGUGGGAAUCAUCAGAGUGUUCUUACCUUCUAUUCCUAAGCACUGCUGUGAGCCAUGCAGCAGUGAAGAAAUGGUACUUCAGUGCCUAAAGGGGAGAGACUGAGAUGUUUGAUUAAAAUAAUAACAUCACACACAGGCAAAAAGUGACUACUUUUCACUAUUCCACUGAGUUGAAAGCACACAAGGAAAGUCACUAUAUCCAGAAAUUGUGAAAGCUUCAGUUUUCUUCUAAUCCUUCUGUAAUUUAAUCUUGCUUAAUGGAAGAGGAUUCCUUGGUAGACUGAAGAAUGAAUAAACAGUUUUUUUCUUUGCUACUUGAGCGGCAGCAAUAAAAGUGUUUAUUUUUGAUCAAUGAAAGGAUUAUAGAUUUAUAAAAGCCUUUUAGCCUUGAGGUGCCUUCUGAAGUUAACCAAAUUUCAUCCAUAUACCCUGUUUUGUAAAUUUAUACAGAAUGUCAGUCUCCCAUUGGCGAAAGCUUUAGAUCAACCUUCCUUUAGUUUCUAAACUCUUCCAUCGUACUGUUAAAAAUGUGUUCUGGUCUUCCAUCAAGUUGUUAGUUUUUACUGUUGAGCAUUUCCUGUUUUUCAGAAUGGGAUAUGAGUGGUUUUUUUUAAAGCUGUCUGUUAGAUCUGAAACAGGUAAGUGGAGCAAGUUGACUGUAAUACAAGCCUGAAUUCAUGAUACUGGUAUCUAGGGCUUUGUACUGUUCAAUUUAUACUGCUUGAAUAAAGCUAAAAUGUACUAAUUGAGAGAGAUUAAUUUUCUCCUAUUCCAUCCUACAUAUUUCCCCCUCCUUGGGCUACUGUGCUUGAAGGUUAGUGGGCCAGUCUUCACUCUGCUGUUCCAUGUGGAACUGCAGUUUUGUUACAGGAUGCUGUAAUGUUGGUUAUUUUAUGCAGUGCAAAGGACCAUCUAAGUAGAAUUAACAGCUGAUUCACCUAGUUAAAUGGACCACAUCUUAUUACAGGUGUCUAAGGGCAGUUGAUUCACUUGUCAGAAUCUUUGUUUAGUCUUGUUAAAUACUCAGGUUUGAUCCUUUUGAACUUUGAAUUUUAAUUUGUAUGAGACUCCUUGUGUAUUCAAGAACUGCCAAUUUGUGUGUUUUGACUGCUUUAUGGAAGUUUUUUUUUUUUACUCUAUAAACUGCUUACGGAGAAUCACUUGGGUAAUAAUAGUGCUUAUGCCUACUAUUUGAAAGAGUUGCCUAAACUUCUAUAACUUGUUGGCAUUAAUACAGAGUACCAUACAAGACUGAAUAUCCCGAGUAUAAGUAACUUACACUAACUAAGGUCCAAGUAAAUGUACAAGUUAUUUCUUCGGGAAGUCCUAUUUACCAAGAGGAGGCAAUUUUGUAUACAGUGAUUGACAUUCCAAUAAGUUACAGCUUGCAUGGUCUUUCCAGUGUUGAUUGUGUUCUCCCUUUUUUUCAGAAGUGCAAUACAGGUUAGCUGCCAGGUAGAGUAAAUCAAUGCCAGUAUCUAGUUUUUGAAGGAAAUUGGAAGUUAUAACAACAGUUUACUUUCUGGAAAACAUUCCCAGUGUGUAACUAAUACCAUUGAUUAUUGCACACUUGCGGUGCUUAUUGGUGUGAUGAUAGGAGGCAUACAAUGAUUCAAUGAAUCUGAACUUCUAUUUUUCUGUACAGACAAAUAAUAGGGCAUGAGUGUGAUGCUGCUAUUCAGAAAAAGUGCACAGGUACACUUAAAUUUUUGCCCAUUCAGGAAAACUAUUGCUUGUAACCUGUAAAAGGAACCAAAUAAGAAGUAUCUGUGUGUGUGUGUGUGUGCUGUGUAUCAAAAUACCAAAUUUUAUCUAAACAUAUAUGUUGACGAGAGUAAAUUGUCUGUGAGUUAAUAAAGAUUGCUCCUCACCUGAGAAUUCUCAGAACUUUGCACACACACCCACUACCAUCAAGUCAACAGCUGUAAAAACUUAAUUUUCUAACACUUCAAUAAACUUAAACUGUAACUUGUUACCAAAAGGCAAGUUUGUGAUAUAGCCAUUCCAAUUUCUUUUUAGUACAAAUUAAACUUUUUCUUUGGGGCUCCAUGUUUUCUUAAGUUCCAAUCAGUAAUGACUUGAAAUAAUUGUUUUUCAUUGAUAGUCAGCAAUACCAUUUCUGUAGAUGAAACUUUAUUUUAUGAAAUUAAGACGUGUUUAGAAGGUAGCAGAACGAAUCAUUUAUUUAUUGUUUCAUUAUGUUUAUAUUAGCCUUUCCUUUUUACAUAAUUCUUUUUAUAUGCUUUUCUGUUUAUUUAAAAAUGAACUAUGGUCUUAAUUUAAGGCUCAAGGUUUGGUUGGUACUAUCCACAGUCUGAAAAUGUUGUCAUAUUUUGAUAAUAUUGUACUGUAAUUGUCACACACAAUGGCUUUUCUAAUGUUUUAACAACAAUUGAAUAUUGCAGUUUCUACUCUGUACUGGGGAGGGAUUGCUGCAAUAAAUGGGAGUGAAUUAAA